AUGGCCUCCGAGGACCAGCCAGCUUCCUCGCCCACUGCGGCCGCUCAGCCGGGCACCUCACAAACAGCCGAUUUCGAGGCCAUAAAAAACUUCAUAGAGACUAUAAAGACCCUCUCCUCAGACGCCAGCUUCAAGGGAGCUUCAGCAGUCGUCGAACAAACCACCAAGUUACAGAAGCAGGUCGAAUCCAAGGAUGAAGAGAUCGUGGCAUCUCUGGAAUCGUCCGUACAGGAGAAGGAGAAUGCUCUCACAGAGCAAAAGAAAACAAUAGAUGAUCUCAAAAGCCAGCUUCAGAACCUUGAAAAAUCGUACGAGGAGGAAAAGGCCAAAGUCACACAGAGCCACAAGGACAUUGAUGAGCUGCAGAAGAAGCUGAAAGAGAGAAACGAGUUCAUCGAGAAGAUGAAAAAGGCGGGAUCAGCGAUAAAACAGAAAUUGACUGCGGCAGAAACGAAAGUAACAGAGUUGGAGACAGCCAACUCGUCUUUGCAAGAGCAGCUGCAAGCCAAGUCUGAGAAACUCCACGAACUGGAAGGGUUUGCGGCCGAAUAUAACGAGGAAGAGGAAGAUUCCUUGGUGGAAAAAUUUUUCAACCUUUGGGGAUCUGCAAGCAAGGCAGUGAUUCAAUAUCUAGCGGAGGAUCUUUCGACUGAAGCUCUUCAGGUCACUUUCAGUCACCAGGUCCCUCUGCCGCAGUCAAACUCGGAUGCAGCAAAACAGAUGCGCAUUGCAGUCAUAUCAGCCAUAUUAGCAAGAGAGAUCGACAAGCAUAUCUUCCAGCCUUCGUAUAUCUUGCCUGAAGACAGCGGAAUCCGAGAGCUGCUGGCUGAUCUGGCUAUGAAAAACAGCAAGAAGGAGUCUUUCUGCCGUGCCCUGCUCCUGUCAAUCGAUCCAGACACACAAGCGAAAAAUCUUGAGAAGAGGAUGAAACAAGUCGUCACGAAUGUGGGCUCGUACCUUGAUGGAUUGCUCUCAGAGACGCAAUAUACUGCAUUUUGCCGUAGCCUGGAGGAGGUGGUGAAGGACGCUGCAGAUUUGUGGAAGACUAUCCAGCAUUCCAGGGCAAAGUAUGAACCAGAUUUCGACCCGCUGGAGUGGGGAGACACUGAACUCGAUCCCUUUCCAUAUGCUGAGGCGAGUACGGCAAGCGAUCAAGACAUGAAUGGAGGAGGAAAUAAUGACGAGAAUCUGCUCUUCGUGUUCCCGCGUCUCUGUCAAGUGCAGAAUAAUGAACGCAAUCCGUGCAAUUUCGCCACUUCACUGAGAAGAUGGCAGUGCUUGGCUGCAGAGCGAGAGCUGAAAAAAAGGGAGCCGUCCAGCCCUACCAUCGGACGGGUGGCAUCGGGUCGUCGGCGAUCACGGGGGAUGUCGCUUUCCCUGAACAGUCCGAAUGGCCAAAACGGCCAUUUUUUAGGCAAAGCGAGUCCGUCAGGCGUAAAUUCAGGAGGAUGA